UCAUGCUGUGCUGUCUGCAGGUAUCACAUUAAUAUCUCUGCUAGUGCCAUAGACUGUAUAUCUAGUGCACGGCUGCAGCUGGGGAAUAUAUUCCGCUGUAAACAGAGCACAGUGCCCUCUCUCUCUCUCUUUCUCUCCUCCCUCUCUGUCUAUCCAUCCUUCUGUCCUCACUGCAGUCUGGAUACAGCCUCACUGCUGCUGCUGCUGCUGCUCUUACACAAUCACAGAGAUGAAAUAUGCCACACUGAAGGACUGACUCGAGAGGAGGAGAGGACUUUCUAUGGACAGCUGUAGCUGCUGAGGAGGUGUGUGGGCUGGAGCAGUGAGGGAGGAAAGGUUGAGUGGCAGUGGAAUGAGGAGAGAAAGGGGUGCAGAAGAGGAAACACUGACGGAAGUGCACUGCAGUAGAAUGAGAGCCACUGCCAGAACCGAGACGCACAUUAGCUGCCAUCCUUCCCCGCUCCCUUCUGGAUCCUCGCAGUCUCCUUUGUGAAGAGGCACAGCGCAGCAGCACGCCACCGUGGAGCCCAGAAGGAGAAGGAGGAGGGGGGCCGAGGAGGAUGAAGCCAGAGGUUCGACACACAAGAUGGCUGCUGUGUCCUCUGCUUCUGACACUGAAUCCCGAGGGCGGCACCCACCUGAGCGCCGCCUGCUGAUUCUCGGGGGGCCUCGGUCAGGAAAAACCACCACUGCCAACACCAUCUUAGGGGAGGAGGCCUUCGACGCCGGCGUGGAGACGACUCACAGUAACGUGGGUCAGACCGAGAUCUACGGCCGACGCGUCACUGUGGUGGACACUCCCGCGUGGGCCAUUCCCCGAGACGUGGAGGAAGAAGAGGAGGAGGAAGAGGACGACACGGAGACAGACGACAACGACAACGCGGGCGCCGAGUCGGACAGUCCCAGGAGACCCCCUCCCAGCCUGGACAGCGAGGGGCCGAGCAUGGGGGCGAUCCUGUGCCCUCCGGGGCCCCACGCCAUCCUGCUGGUGGUGUCUGUGGCCCAGCCUUUCACAGACGUGCACCGGAGGGCAGCAGAGGAGCAGCUGGGGGCUCUGGGAGGAGGCACGUGGCGUUACUCCAUGGUGGUCUUUACGUGCGUGGACAAGCUGCCCAAAGGGGUCUUCAUCGAGGAGCACAUAGCCAACACCGGGGAGGCCCUGCAGUGGCUGGUGGAGAGAUGUGGGAGCAGAUAUCACGCUUUUGAUAACACCCGUAAGAACACGGAAGACAACACACAAGUGCCAGAGCUGAUGGAAAAAGUAGAAGAGAUGAUCACAGACAACCAAGGCUGGUACUUCGAAGUGAACGAAUUGAUUUUGUUGGAAGAAGAGCAGGCACGGAGAGCUCUGGAGGAGGAGAGGAUGAGGAUGGAGGAGCAUGCUCGGCAGAGGGAGCAGAUGAUUGGAGGACCACCCCGAGAGCUGCGGCUGCUGUUAUUGGGCUGGAAAGGUGUGGGGAAAAGCUCAGUGGGGAACUCCAUCCUCGGGCGCCGCUACUUCGAGUCGGGACAGGAGACAGAGCUGUGCCUCCGCAGACAGGCCCUUGUGUUCGGACGCCGCGUGACCAUAGUCGACACCCCGGGGUGGGACUGGUUCUCUGUGAGGCGGACCCCCAAACGUAUCCGUCAGGAGUCCCAGCGGGGGGCGGCCCUGCUGCGACCCGGGCCCCACACCCUCCUCCUGGUCCUGCCCGUGGUCUCGUCCCUCACGGCCCGGAAGAGACGCACCCUCCUGGCCCACAUAGACACUCUGUUUGGGGAGGGCGCCUGCCUGCACACCAUGGUACUGUUCAGCUGCGGGGACUGGCUGGGACGCACGCCGAUAGAAGAGCACAUCCUGAGAGGUGGACGCGAGCUGCAGCGCCUCCUAGAGUACUGUGGCAACUAUUACCACGUGCUGGACAGUAAGACGCCAGGCAAGGACCGCAGUGUGGCCAUGCUGCUGGAUAAAAUCGAGGAGAUGAUCAGAGAGAACGGGGACAAGGCCUUCCUCCCCAUCCAGACGGAGUGGUUGAGCGAGGAGAGCUCCUACUCGUCGGACAACACUGAACCAGAGGACGACUGCAGAGGCUGCCAACUACAGUGACUCACACGUUUGAAAAGGAAUUCACUAAUGACAUCACCUCAUUUUAACCUCAUCUAUUUUACAACGAGCAAAAAGACAGCGACCUACUAGACUCUGACAGCAAACCAAAACCACCGUUUACUGAGAUAAAAGCUGUGCCGGGGAUUUCAAAGUGCACAUAAAGUGAAUCUAGAGGGAGGUCACAUCUGCUGGAGGGAGCAGAGCCACGUCCCGGUCCAUGAGCAUGUUCAGAAGUACACGAGCUGCUACAGAGACCCUGUUUCAACACUGCAGAGUAAACAGCCACUCAUCAUCCCAACUGGUAGACACGCUUUCUACUCCAAAGAGAAACAUCCCAUAGUGUUUGAGCUGAGGUAAUCGUGGUGCAGUAAGUUUGUAUUUCCUGGUAUUUUUACAUCUUGUACCAUUAGCUUUGUGGUUAGUGAAUUGUAUAUUUUGCAAGUAUACCUCUUAGUUUAUAUUUUUAAAUAGGCUUCAAAGCGAAAUGCUCUGAGUGAAAGUGUUUUUAAAUCCGAUUAGUUUUGUGUGAGUUCUUUGGUGUGUAGAAUAUUUAAGUGAAUAAUCUAUUUGCACUCAUGUUUCUUCAAACAGACUUCAGCACACAGAACAUAGAACAUCAUCAGCGAUGUACACAAUUUACCUUCUGCUAACUUUUAAUGAUCCACUGCUCAGGGAGUCGGCAGGGGCUGAAUUGAUUCCUCUAGGGCAAAAUCUGGCACACUUACAAAAAUGCUGAGUAGUGCUGAGAGGAAAACUGCAGAUGCAAGUUACUGUGAGUGAACCAGCUUUACACUGACGCAGAAGUCUAUUUGCACUUUGGUUGAUAUCAACUCUUUUCACCUUAAAACUCAUAACAUUUUUGGUCCUUCAAUCAACUUGCCAAAUAAUUUAUGGUUAUGUUUGCUGAAACAACUGCAAAUGAGCAAAGAGGCCGUUGUGAGACUGUGCCGGCCUCAGAUGUGUCGGGUUGGACUCGCUCCGCCGCACUGUUCAUGUGCUCACGCUUUCAUUACAUUUAUUGAUAAAGUAGAUUCAGCGAUGUGCCUCAGCAUUAAAGUGUACGACUUCUCUCAGCGACAUCGAGCUUUAGUGUGCUGCGGAAACAAGAUAAAACCUCAUCAGCCAUUCAAGCUCACGACCCGGGAACUUACUAUGCCACUGACACUGUUGUAUGACUAAACACAUCUCACAGGCAUGUUCGUACAUCGCAUGCAGUGAAAAGAGUGCCUCAGUACAAAUGGAAAGGCAACCUCAUUUCUUAUUCUUGCCCAGCUCACACAUCUGUGUACCUCUAACAGCAAAAAACACCAGAGUGAAAAGUCUACGUUUUACUUUGAAUAGUAGACAGUCAAUGUCCAACACCACUGCCAAGCAGUUGUAUUUGUUUUAUAGAAAUGAGUAGCAAAUACUGAUAGUGCUCCAUCUAGUGGCUUAGGCAACUACAGCACUUCUGGUGUGUCGAGCAUGACUUUUUCACCUGAAGACGCAUCGUUGGAGUAGAAUUCCUCUCACAUAAGUUGUAUUUUGCAGUUUAGUAGAAAAACAGUGUAAUUAAUGUUACAUUGUGAGCUUUUAGCAAGCACUGUGUAAGCUCCACCACUGUAGCCAAAAUGCUGUACUCUGUGUGGUCUUAAGUACUGUUCGUUCUAAUCUACAAUAAAGAAUAUGGAUAUAUUUCA